ACCUCUGACAUCUCUCCCCAGCUUCCUCAUUUCCAUCACACGCCAGUCAUCAAGACACCGUCUUAUCCAUCCAUCGUAUCCACGCUUGUAGUCUAUUUCAAAGCCAAACACCUAUCACCGCAUCUUCCACAUUAUCAACCCAAACCGCCAAAAUGAGAUCCAAGUUCAAGGACGAGCACCCCUUCGAGAAGCGCAAGGCCGAGGCCGAGCGUAUUCGCCAAAAGUACUCCGACCGUAUUCCCGUUAUUUGCGAAAAGGUCGAGAAGAGUGAUAUCGCUACCAUCGAUAAGAAGAAGUACCUCGUACCGGCGGACCUCACCGUGGGCCAGUUCGUUUACGUCAUCCGCAAGCGCAUCAAGCUGUCGCCCGAGAAGGCCAUCUUCAUCUUCGUAGAUGAGGUCCUUCCUCCAACCGCUGCUCUCAUGAGCAGCAUCUACGAGGAGCACAAGGAUGAGGAUGGUUUCCUCUACAUCACAUACUCGGGCGAGAACACCUUCGGCGACUUCGAGACUGCGUAAUCAUAUCCUCUCUAUCGUUUUGCUUUAGACGUUGUGGGCGUUUUGGGAUUCAUACACGAUUACUGGAUCAAUGAGCGGGUUGGUGGGCUGUGCAUCAUGUUGUUUCUGCUGGGUUUAUAUCCUUAGGGUUACGUUGGCUGAAGAGGGGGAGGGCUUGCUACGACAGAAGGGACGAUGGGACUGUGCUGUUGGGGUCUGGACUUAAGUGCCACCUGCAGUCGUAUGAAGGCGGAAUCCCCUUUACUUUGCUUCCCGGUGUGCUUUGGUCUAGAGACAGCAUCAUUUGCCGUUGGGUUGCCCGUUUCACAAAUCAAUGUUUACCUCAUUCUCUAUGCCCUUUCUCACCACGCCGGUGACUUACAUCCCUUGUUGAACCCCUCCGAACAUGAACCCCUGGAUGGAUGGCCGCAAUGGAAGCACAUCACGAGGACGGUAAUUCCAUACGUGGAUAUCACGAGGAAGCACGCAGCUUAUAGGAUAUACAAUAUGUUGUACACGUAUCCUAGCUGGAUAUCGUUACACUGG